AUGAAGUUAUUCCAAACGCAGAGCACUAGAAAUUAUACCAAUGUCGCAAAAGAAAGGAGUCUAUGCUACACAGUCGGCAACCAUCAUUUAAAUUACCUUUUUUCGUUUUCAUCUCUUUUCCGUUCUUCUAACCUUUAUCACUUUCAACAACAGCAUGACACAAGCUUUCGCCGUACCUGGGACAAACAAGAAUACGAACAGUGUGCACGAGAUCGUGCUCGUCGUGAACAACAGCUAAAAGAGGAGGAAGAUCGAAAAACGACCCAGUUGGUUCAAAGCACUAGUAUUGCCUCGAAAAUACCAGGAUAUUAUUGUAAAGUGUGCGAUUGUGUGGUGAAGGAUAGUGUCGAUUAUUUGGAUCACAUUAAUGGAAAAACGGGCUUAUUUGUUCCACGCAUAGCACUAGACCGAACUAUGAAAGUAGAGCGUAAUACAUUGGAUCAAGUACAAAACGACUGGCUCGUCUCGUCUAAAAAACAAAAAGAGAAACCACAAGAAUAUGAUUUCGAGGCGAGUGUCGAACAAAUGCACAAUGAUGGUAAUGAGGGUGAAGGAUUGGAUCCGGAAAUGGCAAA